CAGUUUGUAUCGUUUGUAUUAAAAAAAAAGCAUAAGUACUAAAUUUAGUAUUCUAAAUCAAACAAUAAAUAAUUAAAUUAUUAAAAGUAAAAAUUUCGUUAUCAACGCAAAUAAAUUUCGGAGUGAUUAAUUUUUUUUGUAAAAACAAUUAAAAUUAAUAAAUUGAUGUUCAAAUUUUGUUGGUUAAGUCGUUGGUUAGUUUCUGUCAGAAUGUAAAAAUUUUCAAUUUGUGAAUUUUAUGAAUUAUUAUAGUCAACUUUUUUAUUUUAAUUUUACACAUCCAUGGAGGUAAUCAACAACAUCUUGAAUGGAUAGUAAACGAGAAAUAAAUUUUCUGUUUUUAUAUUAUGAAAAAUUGGCCAUUACUAUUAGUCAACAUGCUGUAUCAGUUAUUAAAAAAUCUAUUUGAGUGGGCCGACAUAAGACCUCGUAAGCGACGCGCUGAAUGCGAGUUGAAUAAUUUCGAGUACGAAGAGGAAAAUAAUUAUCCAAUACCAGCGAAGAGACACUGCUGCAAUCACACGAUGAAGAACGGACGUGAAGUCAUUGAAGUUGAGGAUGAUGAUGAUUUUAUUGAAAUAUUAGAAGAAUUGAACUGUAAAAAAUCACAAAAAAAUCAUCGGAAAGUGCCAGUGAAUAUCAGCCGGCACUCGUAUCUUCAACAGAAAAAUUCAUCAUCAUCAAAGAAUCAUUUAUCCAAUAAUUCCAAGCCAUUUUUAGCAACGAAAUUUAUCAAGAGACGUUCACUACAAAAUGGGAAAUCGAAAAAUUUAUCAAUAAAUGAGUCUUACAGACUCAAAGACAAAGAAAAAUAUGGGCAGUUACUUCAAGAUUUUAUUCCUCAAAGAUUACAAAUAUUUAAACCAAAAGAAAGUCGUAAUCAGCAGCCACAAAAUAUUGAAGUUAUUGAUGUGGAAAAUGAACAAUCGUCAUCUAAAAUACCUGAUGUAUUUUCAACUCCUAAAUUAACUACUCCAUUGUCGCAGAGUCGAAGAUUAUCGACACCUGGGUCCAGUAGAUACUCAACACCCAAUACCUCAUACUGGUGUACUCCAAAACCAUGGGAUAAAUCAAGUGCACCACGGUCAAAAAAAUCAAUUGAAGAAAUAAAAAUAGAUAGCGAUGACAGUUCUGCUGAGUCAUCAAUCAACAGUUCAAUUAAACGUAAAAACAAUAUAUUAGCUGCGCCUAAAAUAAUUUUAACACAACCAAGUCCUAGAGAAUUAGUAGUAACGAAUACUUUACGCGAUAAAUUAUCAGCUAACGUAUUAAUGAAAAAAGAUUAUGUAUCACGUAUCAAUAAUAAUUACAAUGAACGUACUGUUCAACGUUGCAAGGAAGCAGAAGAAUUAAAACGCGUUACUAGUUUGCUGUCAAAACAAAAUCGUCUGUCACGUGAGAUAGGACUUGAGCAACAACUAGCCCAGUCAAUGAAAUUGCAUGAAGAAAUACUGGUUGAAGAUGAUUAUGAAGAAGAGCCAUCGCUGCCAGAACUUACUCCUGAAAUGCUGGAUAAAAUCACCAGAGCAUUGAAUCCCAAUCCACCGAAUCAAGUACUCGUUGAAAGCUUCGGUUUGAGAAUAACACGAAAAGACAUUCAUACAUUGGCUGGUCUCAAUUGGCUGAAUGAUGAAGUCAUCAACUUCUAUAUGAAUUUAUUAAUAGCACGUGGUGGUACUGAAAAAUUUCCUCCUGUUCAUGCGAUGAACACUUUCUUCUACCCGAAAUUAUUAUCAGGUGGUCAUGCAUCGCUGAAACGUUGGACUAGAAAAAUAGACAUUUUUGCUAAGGACAUUGUCGUGGUGCCAAUCCACCUUGGGGUCCAUUGGUGUAUGUCAAUAAUCGAUUUUCGUGAUAAGUCUAUACGUUACUACGACAGUAUGGGAGGGGAAAAUAAAAAAUGUUUGUAUGCAUUGAAGCGGUAUAUUGAGGAUGAAAGUUUGGAUAAAAAGAAAGUAAAUUAUGAUACCAGUGAUUGGACAUUGGAGAGUAUGAAAGAUAUUCCACAACAAAUGAACGGAAGUGAUUGCGGUGUUUUUUCGUGUACGUUCGCUGAAUUUAUUUGUGCUAAUCGUAAUUUAACAUUUUCACAAGAAAAUAUGCCGUAUUUUAGAAACAAAAUGGUUUAUGAAAUACUUACCGUUAAACUUUUGUAAAAGUAUAAGAAAAAAAUUUUUUUAUUAAUUUUGUGGUGAAAAAAAAAAAUCCUGAAAUUUGCAGAUCAUUUUAUUAACAAUUUUUCAACUGAUUAAUUGCAAAAAAAAAAUCUAAAAAUAUGCACAUGUAGAAAAUUUGAAAAAU